AUGGAGGGAGUUAGGGUCAAAUUGGCGUUCAAGGCAAAGUUUCAAGGCAUGAGGUACUGGAUCUACAAUUACCGUGUCACGUCCCUUGUGGUCUUCACGGCCUUGUUUUAUGGCGUGAGUGUCACCAGCAUGGCGCUGGGGUGGGCUGUGAUUUCGCACAUGCUCCUUGGCGGUGAGGGCCAGAACAGGAUCAAAACGGAAGGGAGGGAGAGGAUGCCGGCGACGGGCACGCCGAUCAAGACCGAACACGAGUCAUCUCUGGCGCUGCCACCAAAAUCAGGUCGCUGGUGA